GGCGUCACGAGAUUUAAAGUCAUUCACCUCGAACGAUCAUAAUGGCUGAGCAGCAAGAAGAAGGUGCCGGAGUACGUACGUUAGUUCCCAAAAAGGGGUCACACUCCAUUGUUUGGAACUAUUUCGGUUUCGAGGAAAAUGAUGUUGAUCAGGUACGAGUCUUGUGCGAACUGUGCUCCUGUUCCGUCCAAACAUCCCAAGCCCCUGCAGCGGAGUCUACUGCAGCGGGCCUAAAGGAAGCGAUCUCUGCAUGGGGUCUGCUGGAGGAAAGACUCGCAUGCAUUACAACCGACAACGCAGCUGAUAUGAUCAGGGCAGCGUCUAUGAAUAACUGGACGAGGCUACACUGCUUUGGUCAUAGACUGCAUUUAGCCAUCGAGAAUGCCAUGAAGGAUCCAAGAAUUGACCGGGCUGUGGGCGUCUGCAAAAAGUUGGUGAGCACCUUCUCCUACAGCUGGAAGCGUAAGAGGGAGUUUAUAGCAGCACAAAAGGAGCUGAAGCUCCCAGAACACUCACUGAAAACAGAGUGUCCAGCAAGGUGGGGAUCAUGUCAAGCCAUGAUAGAGAGAGUCAUCGAGCAGCAAAAGGACAUUGCACAUGUCCUGUCUUCUGACAAGAAGUCUCGACAUCUCAUCCCAACAUGGCAGGACAUGGAUGUGCUAGAGUCCGAUGGACGAGUCUGGGUUUGGCGUAUCCCGGGAGACUCCUUCAACUUUUCUUUCCUGGGUCAAGGUGAACAGUGCAGCUGCAGUCCUGAGCCGUGAAACAGCUUCGGUUUAAAACUGCCGCGUCCGCCCGAACAGGGACUUGAACCCUGGACCCUCAGAUUAAAAGUCUGAUGCUCUACCGACUGAGUUAUCCGGGCCCAUUAUCAGGGUUGGUCACGUGCACGAUACGUGGUCACGUGUCCAUCCAACGACCUCUAGUUCACUCAGCCAUGUGGCACUCGAUCGCUUAUCUUUUAAAAGGAACCCACAUGCUUUUGCCUUCACCUCGACCAUAACACCGGAAAUAGGAGUAUGUUGGGUUUAACCUGUCUCACUAGCAAGAUGUAUUCAAAAUGUAAUUCAUGUCCGAGGUGGGACUCGAACCGACACAGUCUUGUUGGCAGAGUGACGCAAAUUUCGCACAAAUCUUUUUUUUUCCUCUUUAAAAUGAUAUUUUUGAUCAGUGUAUCAACAAACAAAGCAGCAACUCGGCUCACAGAUAUAGAAACAAACAGACAGAUGUCUCUAGGAAUUAUACAGUUUCUUCUUGUUUUGAUUAGCGAUUUGGUAAUCCGCUACCCCAAGCAGCAUACGUAAUGGCUCACAUUGCAUAGCGCCAUGAACACGAUCUAUUUGAUUUUAGAAUCCUUAAAAUUUUCUUUCCUGUGAUAUGGUCAAGUCGAACAGGUACGGGGUUUACGGCCUGAGGGGGCUUCAGUUUAAAACUGGCGCAUCCGCCCGAACAGGGACUUGAACCCUGGACCCUCAGAUUAAAAGUCUGAUGCUCUACCGACUGAGCUAUCCGGGCCCG